AUGGGUUCUGGCUUCAUCAUGGUUGAAAGCCUGAUUGAAAAUUUGCUUUUAAAAAUUUUAAGUAGGCAAAUCUGUUUGCUAGCCUUCGUUUCUAGGCGAGUAGAACCUAGUCCUUUUAGAUAUAGUUCUUUCCCUUGAAUAGUCCGAUAAGGGGAUGAAGCCAGCCCGUUAUCGGGCUAUUCAAGGGAAAGUACUAUAUGCAAGAACCUGGCUAAAAAUUUACAUUCCUAAAUGCAUAAGUUUUCAAUGAGGCUUAUUAUUUAUCAGGAAAAUGUUUUUAUGAAAAUCCAGCACUUAG